AUGAAUUUAAGAUCAACAUUUUUACUAAUCAUUAUUUAUAUAUUUUCAACUACAAAUUUAAUGAUGGCUUCAAAAAUUCACUUGUCAUGGGAUUCAAAUAAUAUCAUCGAUAGAACAAGAUAUUCAAACUCUGGUAAAUCACCAGUAGAGUUUUCUGAUUCAGAUACUGUUGUGACCAGACAUGAGAGAUUGAACGGUGAUGACUUCCCACCAAUUAGAAUCAUUGCCAAUCAUUCAAUCGAGCAAUCACUCACUUGGAAGGUAAAGAUUCUGACCAACAAUGGUUUCUGUGAAGUCGGUAUCUAUAAUCCAAUCGAGAAGAUUGCAUAUUUCAUCAAGCCAUCAAGAAAUGAAUUACAAUCAGAUUUACCAGGUAAAUUAACUAUUAUUAUAAUCAUCAUUAUUAUUAAAAGUAAUCUAAUUUUUCAAUUACAAUUUUUCAAAUUAAUCAACCAAGGUGAUAGAUUCGAUACUCAACCAUUUGGAGCUGAAGCUUUCGAGAGUGGAGAUAUUGUAAAGGUCCAAGUCAAUGUCUAUCACAGUGAAGUUGUACCCAAUGAAAGAUUGAUGGAUAUUAUUAUUUUUAAGAAUGAAGACAAUUUGAUUGGAACUGCUUUUACUGGUGUAAAACUUUGUGGUAAAUUCUACCCGAUGGUUGGUGUCAACGAUGAAGGUGAUUCAAUUGCCAUUUGCAAUAACUAG